CUCAGGGCGGAGCCGGGACAGCCCGGUUCCCUCCCGGCAGGUCCCCGGCCGCGCGCGCGCUCAGGCUGGAAGAUGGCUUGGCCGCGCGUGCGGCUGGUGGUGACGGCGGACGACUUUGGUUACUGCCCGCGGCGGGACGAGGGCAUCGUGGAGGCCUUCCUGGCCGGAGCUGUGACCAGCGUGUCCCUGCUGGUCAACGGCGCGACGGCGGAGAGCGCUGCGGACCUGGCCCGCAGGCACCAAAUCCCCACGGGACUCCACGCCAACCUGUCCGAGGGCCGCCCCGUGGGCCCGGCCCGCCACGGAGCCUCGUCGCUGCUCAGCCCCGAAGGCUUCUUCCUGGGCAAGAUGGGAUUCCGGGAGGCGGUGGCCGCCAAAGAUGUAGCUUUGUCCCAGGUGCGGAAGUGCGGCUGCCGGAGGAGGACACCCCCAAGGCUCCUCCCAGAGGUCCUCUCCUUCCAGGUGCGGGAAGAGCUGGAGGCCCAGCUGAGUCGCUUCCAGGAAUUACUGGGCAGGAAACCCACUCACGUGGACGGGCACCAGCAUGUGCACGUGCUCCCAGGCGUGUGCCAGGUGUUCGCAGAGGCGCUGCAGGCCCACGGGGUGCGCUUCACACGCCUGCCGCUGGAGCGAGGAUUGGGCGACUGUACUUGGCUGGAGGCCCCUGCGCGCGCCUUCGCCUGUGCAGUGGAGCGUGAUGCCCGGGCUGCUGUGGGCCCCUUCUCCCGCAGUGGCCUAAGGUGGACGGAUGCCUUCGUGGGUCUGAGCACCUGUGGCCGGCACAUGUCUGCUCAUCGUGUGUCAGGAGCACUGGCUCGGGCCCUGGAAGGUACACCCACAGGUCACUCCCUGACAGCGGAGCUGAUGGCCCACCCAGGCUACCCCAGUGUGCCUCCCGCUGGAGGCUGCGGGGAGGGUCCUGACGCCUUUUCCUGCUCUUGGGAACGGCUGCAUGAGCUGCGUGUCCUCACAGAGCCCACGCUGCAGGCCCGGCUUGCCCAGGAUGGCGUGCAGCUCUGUGCCCUCCAUGACUUAGAGUCCAAGAGACCUGGUGAAGCCACUCUGGAAACCUUCCUGGAGUCCUCCCAACCGUGACCCUGACAGCCAAGGACUAAGGCCUUAGUGCUCAGGAACGCGGCAAGGGUUGAGCUUUGGCACAGCCCACAACCGAACCCUAGAGGGGGUUCUGUGACUUCCCUGGGCAGAACGAUGCCACCUCUUUGCCCAGAUCCUCUCUGCCUCAGAGUGACAGCCAGAGCUUUGGCAAGCCCUCUUGGCUGCAGGUGGGUCAGCCUGUGGUACUCGGCAUGGAGCCUGCCAAACAUUUUGUGCUCUUCACAUUUCUACGUAAGCAUCGUCUUUGUUAGGUGUAGUGGGGAGAGAUCACUAUAUUAAUAAAAUAAUGUGUCUUGUAAA